AAAAUAUCUGUUUCGCAUAAAUAGGCGUUGCUUCAAUCUCGUGAUACAGGGAAAUAAAAAGUGGUAGCCUACUAGCAGUUCCACUUCGCAUGUUGACAGAAGCUCAUCAAAGGGUCUCGCCAAAAAAGAAAAAGAAACAUGGAUGUCCGGACUGGUUUCAUCGUCUCACUCUGCUUGAUAGGAUUCACCUGCGCGGCACCAGUGAAGUACUUAGACUGCGGCUCCACUUCUGGCAAAGUGGCUGUGGUGGACGUUACCCCUUGUAACACUCAGCCAUGCCAGUUACACAAAGGACAGUCUUACAGUGUCAAUGUGACAUUCAAUAGUGCUGUGGAAAGCCAGACAAGCAAAGCAGUGGUUCAUGGUAUUAUUGCUGGAGUUCCUGUCCCCUUCCCCAUUCCCAUAGAAGAUGGCUGUAAGUCUGGAAUCCAGUGUCCCAUCAAGAAGCAGCAGAGUUAUCACUAUCUAAACUCUCUGCCGGUGAAGUCUGAGUAUCCUGCAAUAAAGCUGGUUGUGGAGUGGGAACUGAGAGAUGACAACAAACAAGACUUGUUCUGCAUCAGGUUCCCAGUUCAGAUUGUGAGCUAAACUGGCAACAAUACCUCAAA